AUGGAGCGACCAGAAGUGCUAGAGUCUCCGCGAAAGCGACAGAAGACAGAAGAUGUCCCUGCGACUGAGAUUGCAGCUGUCGCGCCCGCAACAGACGCGGACGAAGAUGCUCAGGCUGCGAAAGAGCGAGAGGUCGGGAUCACCGAGCUAGUGACUGCGAAUCUUGAGGGAUUUUCAGGAAUAUUGAAGAAAAGGCAAGCAAGGGCCCUGAUCACUCCCUCUGGCGAGGUUCUGCACCUCCGCAACCUCGAAGCGCCACAUUCUCAAAAGACAGAAGCUCCCCCAAAUGAAUCCCAGCAUGAGGGGGCCCAAGGUGAGGAUAAAAAGGAGGCUACCAAGGAUGGAGAAGUGGCGCCCGUUGAAAUAUCGGGAGAAGACAAUGCUUUACUAGAGGAAUUGUUUGGUGCUGAUAAUGCGCCGGCCAUUGUCGAGCUCCACAAACGUGCCAUGUCCACACCCAAAGCCAAGCCGAGUGAGCUCGGGAAGGUUUCGAAUGUAGUGAAGGACCGCGAUCAACGUAUCAAGAUUCAUCAGUCUAUCCGUCGAAUCUUCAAGUCCCAGCUCGAAUCGACCGCAGACGGCGAUGGCAAUCUGUCGAUUACCGCAGCAUCCAACCGUUUCAAGCGCAACCCUCAAGGGGGCCGUGGAGGUGGCGGCCGUGGCGGUGGUGGUCGCAUUGAUUGGAAUGAGCUGGGCGGACAGUAUCUACACUUCACGAUUUACAAAGAGAACAAGGACACGAUGGAGGUCACCUCAUUCCUUGCGCGACAAUUGAAAAUGCAACCGAAAAGCUUCCAAUUCGCUGGAACUAAAGAUCGUCGGGGUGUCACCACGCAGCGGGCAUGCGUUUUCCGAGUUCACGCCGACCGACUUGCAAAGUUAAAUCCAACUCUCCGCAACGCUGCAUUAGGAGAUUUUGAGUACCGUAAGGAAGGCCUUGAGCUCGGCGAUCUCUACGGGAACGAGUUUGUGAUUACUCUCCGCGACUGCAAGUUUCCUGGUAUGGAUUUGCAGGACCCCCAAGGGACGCUUGCGAAAGCAUCCGAGUUGGUUGGGUCUUCUCUGAAGAACCUCCACGAGCGUGGGUACUUCAACUACUUUGGCCUGCAGCGAUUUGGAACAUUCUCCACUCGAACCGAUACCAUUGGCGUCCAGAUGUUGCAGGGCGAUUUUGAAGGGGCAUGUAAUUCCAUUUUAGACUUCAACCCGGACACUCUUGCCGCUGCUCAAGAAGGAGAGAACUCGACAGCCCUGAUUGGCUCCGACGAUAAGUCCAGAGCCGAAGCGAUCAACAUCUUCCGUACAACAGGCCGAGUCAACGAGGCGCUGGAGAAACUUCCUCGGAAGUUUUCCGCUGAAACCUCUAUCAUCCGUCAUUUGGGCCGCGCUAAGCACGAUUUCUUCGGCGCCUUGCAGUCCAUCCCUCGGAACUUGCGGUUGAUGUACGUCCAUGCAUAUCAAUCUCUCGUUUUCAACUAUGCUGCGAGCGAGCGUUGGCGGUUGUACGGAGACAAAGUGGUCGAGGGCGAUUUGGUCAUUGUCCAGGAACACCGCGACAAAGAAGUCCGCAAACAGGAAGAUGUCAAGCCAGUGGGUCCAGAUACAGUUGACGAGGAUGGUGAAAUCGUGGUGGUACCUGAAGGUAGCAACAGCGCUACGGCGGCAGAAGAUAUGAUCACGCGAGCCCGCGCAUUGACGGCCGAGGAAGUUGCCAGCGGCCAGUAUACCAUCUUUGAUGUUGUCCUCCCCAUGGUUGGAUUUGAUGUCAUCUAUCCUCCGAACAAGAUGACCGACUUUUUCCGCGACUUCAUGGCCAGCGAGAAGGGUGGCGGCUUGGAUCCGUUUAACAUGCGACGAAAGCAGAAGGAUAUCAGUUUGACGGGCGGAUAUCGCAAAGUUUUCAGCCGAAUGGGACCGGAUUAUUCUUUUGAGGUGAAGCUGUAUUCCGAGGAGGACCAGCAAUUUGUGCAGACCGAUCUCGCAAAACUGAAGCAAGACAGCACUGCAUCCAGUGUGCCUGACUCUUUCACUGGCGAUAAACUGGCCGUUAUACUCAAGUUUCAGCUGGGAUCUAGUCAGUAUGCUACUAUGGCAUUGCGAGAGCUUCUCAAGGGAAAGGUCAAAGAGUACAAGGCCGAGUUCAGUGCAGCCAGGUAG